GGCACCAUGGCCCGGAGCAGGGUGCUGCUGCUCCUGCUGCUGCUGCUGCCGCCACAGCAACUGCACCUGGGAUGGGUGCUCUCGGCGAGGACCCCUGCAGUAGCCCUAGCCAGCACUCCCAGCCCCAGCCCUGAGGAGAACGAGUUCUUGGAGGGGCCAGUGCUGAUCCUGAACCCAGAAGAACCGAGGCCUGGCCCAGCCACGGUCGACUGCCCCCGUGAAUGUACCUGUUCCCAGGAGGGUGUUGUGGACUGCAGCGGCAUUGAUCUGCGAGAGUUCCCAGGGGACCUGCCGGAGCACACCAAUCACCUCUCCCUGCAGAACAACCAGCUAGAGAAGAUCUACCCCGAGGAGCUCUCCCGCCUGCACCUGCUGGAGACCCUGAACCUCCAGAACAACCGGCUGACGUCCCGAGGGCUCCCGGAGGAGGCGUUCAAGCACCUGACCAACCUCAAUUACCUGUACCUGGCCAAUAACAAGCUGACCUUGGCGCCCCGAUUCCUGCCGAACACCCUGGUCAGUGUGGACUUUGCUGCCAACUAUCUCACCAAGAUCUACGGGCUCACCUUUGGCCAGAAACCAAACUUGAGGUCUGUGUACCUGCACAACAACAAGCUGGCCGACGCGGGGCUGCCAGACAACAUGUUCAACGGCUCCAGCAAUGUGGAGGUCCUCAUCCUGUCCAGCAACUUCCUGCGCCACGUGCCCAAACACCUGCCACCUGCCCUCUACAAGCUGCACCUCAAGGGGUGCCACAAACUUCAGUUGGUAAAAAUCCGAAGCAUGUGCCAAGUCCAGCGAAGCAAAAGGCACUCAAACGAGGCCGGCUUUUAUCGUGGAAUCAACCCCGCGAUGAAACAGCGGCUCCUGGAGGACCCCUGUCAGAAGCUUUCCAGCCUGGAGUACCUGGAUCUGUCCAGCAACAACCUGUCGCGCGUGCCAGCGGGGCUGCCGCGCAGCCUGGUGCUGCUGCACCUGGAGAAGAACGCCAUCCGGAGCGUGGACGCCGACGUGCUCACCCCCAUCCGCAGCCUCGAGUACCUGCUGCUGCACAGCAACCAGCUGCGGGCGCACGGCAUCCACCCGCUGGCCUUCCAGGGCCUCAAGAAGCUGCACACGGUGCACCUGUACAACAACGCGCUGGAGCGCGUGCCCCGCGGGCUGCCCCGCCGCGUGCGCACGCUCAUGAUCCUGCACAACCAGAUCGCUGGCAUCGGCCGCGACGACUUCGCCACCACCUACUUCCUGGAGGAGCUCAACCUCAGCUACAACCGCAUCACCAGCGCGCAGGUGCACCGCGAUGCCUUCCGCAAGCUGCGGCUCCUGCGCUCGCUCGACCUGUCCGGCAACCGCCUGCAGACGCUGCCGCCGGGCCUGCCCCGCAACGUGCACGUGCUGAAGGUCAAGCGCAACGAGCUGGUCGCCCUGGCGCGGGGGGCGCUGGCCGGCAUGGCCCAGCUGUCCGAACUCUACCUCACGGGCAACCGGCUGCGCAGCCGGGCCCUGGGCCCGCGCGCCUGGGCGGACCUGGCUCGUCUGCAGCUGCUGGAUAUCGCGGGGAACCAGCUCACGGAGAUCCCCGAGCGGCUCCCCGAGUCGCUGGAAUACCUGUACCUGCAGAACAACAAGAUCAGCACCGUCCCUGCCAACGCCUUUGAUGCCACCCCCAACCUCAAGGGGAUCUUUCUCAGGUUCAACAAGCUGGCCGUGGGCUCUGUGGUGGACAGUGCCUUCCGGAGACUGAAUCACCUGCAGGUCCUGGACAUUGAAGGCAGCUUCGAGUUUGGGGACGUUUCCAAGGACCGUGGCCACUUGAAGGAAGAAGAGGAAGAGGAGGAGGAAGAGGAAGAAGAGGAGGAGGAGGAGGAGGAAGAAUCGAGAUAGUGAUGAGGUGACAUGGAUCUGACCCAGGACAGCGGACAGCCGGACUCCUCUGCAGCAAGCCAUGUGCCCCGGAAGCCCUCUUUUGGCGACGCUCACAGAUGCCAUCAGAUGCACCGGUGCUGCACCCAGGGGCGUCCCUACAGAUACAGGCUGAACACACCCGCCCCCUCCUGCAGCGGGUCGCGACCCAGACACGCGCCGGCGCGGCCACACGCACACGCCUCCCGCUACCCUGAGUCCCGCCCCGCCCUGGCACACACACGCACCCGCUCCCAUGGACAAAUGCCUCGCCCUUAGCCGGAAGUGUCCACAACAAGCUCACCCUUUGCCCCGUCCCUCUGUCCGUCCGUCCCCUGGAGAAGACACCAGACGACCUCUGUUCUUUUUGGGGUCAGGUGCCUGCCGCCCUCUGGGACUAACAAAAGCUGGCUUUUGUCCCCACUUCCCCCCUUGUGGAUGAGAACCUUUCAGAUAGCUGCCUGUCCCCCCACCCCUGUCCGGCUGCUAGUGCUCCUCUGCUGGCACCCCACCGGAGGCCACACAGGUGAGCGUCUGGGCGGUCAGCAGCCCAGGUGCCUGGUGGGGGCAGGUUGUGGGGCUGGGCCAGAGAACGUCAGGAGGGCACCUGCCACCGCUGCUCACCUGACACCGGCUUCAUUCUUUGGGUCUGUGGGAACGUUCUGGGUGCCUUUUAUUUUUUAUUCUUUUUUAAGAAAAAGAAAAAAAAAGAUAAAAAUCUCAAAGCGGAUUUUUCUUGUUACAGAAAAACUAAUAUAAAAGCAUGAUCCCUGUCCCUGCA